UCUCUUCAUUCGGACACAAACAUCUACGGGAAAUGUCAGCGUUUGAGAACCUGAAGGAGUUCGCCGAGCAGCGGCUAGCUGCGGCGGUCGAUGAAAUAUUUGAAUAUUUUGAGAAAACAGUAACUGACUAUGACGAAGAAUUGGACUGUUAUGUGAGGUUGUUGGAUAUUAUUUUACAACCUCAAAUAAGGCUUCAAAGAGCAGAUGUCCAUUCACUGACUGACAGUGCUGAGGUUCCCCCUGAGCAGGAGAUGAGGUCCAGUCUGGACCAGGAAUCCCCAGAGUCCCCAAGAAUUAAAGAGGAACACGAGGAGGUCUGGAGCAGUCAGGAGAAAGAGCUCUUAAAAGGACUGGAGAAAGCUGAUAUCACUCUCAUCUCUGUGAAAAGUGAAGAUGAUGAAGAGAAACCUGAGUUAUCGCAGCUCCAUCAAAGCCAAGUUGUGGAGCACAGAGAGGUAGAGGCUCCAGCCAGCUUCCCAACUAAACACAUGAAAGCUGAUGUGAAUGAAGAGGACAGUGGAAUAUCAGAACCAGUCUGUGAUGUACAAGCAGUUCGUACUGACAGCAGUGUAGACAUUUAUGAACCAGAAACUGAAGAUAGGAAUGAUUUGAACAGAUGUAAUGCUGGUAAACUGCAUAAGCCUUUCAGCUGUUUAUUUUGUGAAAAACGUUUUGUCUGUAAAUUGGAUUUGGUGAUACAUGCAAGAGGUCACACAAGGGGAAAACCAUUUAGGUGUUCAAAUUGUGCUAAAUGUUUUAGCUACCGCACAGCUCUUAAACAACAUAUGAUGCUCCACACGGGAGAAAAACCUUUCACUGGCAGAGUGUGUGACCGAAGACUCAUCCGGAAGUCACAAAUCAAAACCCAAAAGUAAAAACACAUCCCACUUUUUUUAACAUCCACCUGAGUGCAUUAAAACAGUCAUAGAAGGAACAUAAUGGUUUGAUGUGAAAGUGCAUUGUUUUUCUUCUGUUCAUAGCCCAGAGAGUAGUUCACUAUGGACGGUCUUCACAAAUGGAAAAAUGAUCAUUAUUCACUGUCUGUAUGUGUUAACCCUGUGAUUGGCAGGUAACCUGUUACCCAAUGUGAUUUGGAAUCGGCCAGAAAUUCCGUUUCUCUGUGGAGGGGGAAGAACGUCUAAUGACUUCCUUCAAAAGUUAAAAAGUCCCACUUUGAUCUUUUAUGCUUCUUUUAGCUGUUUUUCCUUUUUUUCUUAUCCUUUUUAGUAUUAUUGUGUGACCUGCAUGUUUAACUAAAGCAUAGAACAUAGAUGGUGUGAAAAUGCUGUAUUUACAGUACUUACAAUUGACACUGAAACAUGGUAUCAACCUAUGAUUGUAAUUUGUGUAAAUCACAGAUUAAGCAAACAUGUAAAGCAUGUGUUGAUUCCAGCUUGUCAAAUGUGAGGAUUUGUUUUUUUCCUGUUUCCUAAAUUAAAGAUGUUUGGGAUUGUGGAAAAAACCACCAAUUUA